AUGAACAUAUUGUUAUAUUUGAUGUUAAGAAGUUGUAAAGAUUUUUGUUCACCGGGAUCGUCAAUGUGUAUAAAUAACAUGCUGAGCGUAUGCGACGAAAAUGGACAUGUAGUGACAACUGAUUGUCCAGAUGAUACGGAAUGCAAUCUUAACAAUAAAAAAAUGUCUUGUAUGCCGAAUACAAAAGAAAACUCAAAAAAAUCUAAAAGUACUAAUGGAGAUUUGAUGGAACAGUUAAAAAAAUUAUCUCGCGAUAAAGAAUUUGUAAAAAACUUGAAAAAGCAAUUGAAAAAAGUAGAUGAAGAAGAAAACGACGAUGAUGAUACGGAAAGCAAUAAUGAAGAAUCGGAAUCGACUAAAGAUGUUUCUGAGGAAGAGGAAGAAGACAUAGAAGAGCCUUCAAGUGGUAGCCAUAAAAAAUCAUCUAGAGAAAAAAAAGGCUCUAAUUUAAAAGAGAAAAAACAUAGUAAAAAUAAUGAAAAUACUAGGAAUAAGCAAAAAAAAAAAAUGAGAAAUAUUAAAGUACUACAUGAAAAAAAUGGUGACAAUGGAAAGAAAGGUAAAAAACAAGAAAAUGCAAAGACCACGACUGUCACAUAUCAUAAAGUGAUUGAAAAUCAUUCUGCUCCCUCUACAGUUACAGUUUUCAAAACUAUUACUCAAAAGGAUAAUAUUAGCAACGUGGACGUACAAUUAGUGCAAGCAUCAGAUAGAUUUAUUCAGCCUAGUGUACAACCAGAAGGAUCAAAAAAAGGUUUAGGUUAUCAGCCUUUUGUACAACCUUCUUCUGUUGGUGGGCAUUUGGGAAACGGAUAUAAUGCACCAUCCCACGAAGCAACACAAACGAAUGCAGGUGCCGCUCCACCUGUACAUACAUCAAAAGGUGAAGGUGGUGGUGCUACUAAAACAGAACAUGGCGCUGGUGCGCCUAUAAAAGCUUCAAAUCUAAAUGGAGGACAUCAAAAAACAAAAUUACAACAAUCCUCUACUGGACUAACAAUGAAAGGUAACGAUGUAGCAGGAAAACCAUCACAGGGUGAAGGAAACGGCGCAGCAGGAAAACCAACACAAGGUGGAGGAAGUGGCGCAGCAGGAAAACCAACACAAGGUGGAGGAAAUGGUGCAGCAGGAAAACCAGCGCAGGGAGGAGGAAAUGGCGCAGCAGGAAAAUCAUCACAGGGUGAAGGAAAUGGCGCAGCAGGAAAACCAGCACAAGGCGGAGGAAAUGGUGCAGCAGGAAAACCAUCACAGGGUGAAGGAAACGGCGCAGCAGGAAAACCAGCACAAGACGGAGGAAAUGGUGCAGCAGGAAAACCAGCACAAGGCGGAGGAAAUGGUGCAGCAGGAAAACCAGCACAGGGUGGGGGAAAUGGUGCAGCAGAAAAACCAGCACAGGGUGAGGGAAAUGGUGCAGCAGAAAAACCAACACAAGCCGGGGAAAAUGGCGCUGGAGGAAAACCAGCACAAGGUGGAGAGAAUAAACCGUCUGGGGGUGACAAGCCUUCUGGUGAACAGGGAACUAAACCUGGUACAAUUGGCGGAGGCACUGGCGAAGUUAAUGUUACAUCUGAACAAGUUUUUGAAGCCAUGUCUAAACAAAAUUUUAACCCCAAACAGGAAUAUGUCGAUGCUGUUGUAAACGUUACAAAUGAAGGAUUUGAUGAUCUUAAUAUGGCAGCCAUGUUUUUAGCCCAGUUAGCACAUGAGUCCGGAGGUUUUGAGCACAUAGAAGAAAUUGAUUGUAAAGGAUCAACAAAAUGUGCUGAUCAAUAUGGUGGCUCUGAAGGAGCACCAGGUAAAUCAUAUCAUGGAAGAGGAUUUAUACAACUGUCAUGGCCUGCUAAUUACAAGGCAGCAGGUGAAGCAUUAGGAAUGGGAGAUGAACUUUUUAAUAAUCCUGAUUUGGUUUGCGAGGAUCCUGAGCUUGGUGCAAAAGUUAGUUUAUGGUUUUGGAAAGAAAACGUAGAAAAUGCGCCCGGUGUUAGUGAGAAUCAUUUUGGCGCAACUACGAAAGCAAUUAAUGGUGCUUUGGAAUGCACAGGAUCUAAUGUUGAUAAAAGUAAAAAAAGAUAUGAAAUUUAUAAAGCUGUUGCAGAGGUUUUAGGAGUUAGUAAUUUAGCAGAUGAAUCUGGAUGUUAUUAA